AUGGACGGUGUACGGGCGCUGGACAUACUGCCGCUGCUGAACGAACGGUUCGCGCUGCUGUCCGGCGGUCGGGACAAUCGCGGUGGCCCGAUCAUCUGCUUUCCGGCCACGACAAAGCGCGAACGGAUCAAACCGGAAGACAUCAAGCGGGUCGUGAGCUACUUCAUCAACAUACCAAGUGAUGAAAGCAAAAGUCACGGCUUCACCAUCAUCGUGGAUAUGCGGGGCAAUGGCAAUACGGCGGCAAGCGCGAAGAUGAUUCUGAAGGUGCUGCAGGAGAACUUCGGCACCGACGUCAUACACCAGGCGGUCAUCAUCAAGCCGGACAACUUCUGGCACAAGCAGCGCUCGUCGAUCGCCAGCAACAAGUACAAGUUCGAGACGACCACCAUCUCGAUACAGUCGCUCGGCAAGCUGGUCGAACCGUCCCAGCUGACGUCGGACUUUGAGGGUUUCCUGCACUACGAUCACGCGGUAUGGAUCGAUCUGCGCGUCGCGUUCGAAGAUUUUCUGUGGCAGGCGAGCGACAUACUCGACCGGAUCGACGAUCUGCAGGAGGAUCUAACGCACUCCGAGUGUCCGGAGGAUGUGAACGGUGCGAAGCACAGCAUCGAUGCGCACAACGAGAUGAAGCGAAAAAUAUUGAAGCUCCCGAUCGAGGACCUGGACCUGCAGGGGCAGAAGCUGCUCGGCAAGCUGACGACCUACUCCAACCGGAACGAUGACGGAUGCCAUUCGGCACCGUUGCCCACCAACUGUAUCAAUCCGGAUGUGACAUCUGCGAUGAAUCAGGUACUACAACAGCUGGAAACGACGCGAAAUGCCCAACAGCAGCUGCUGAACUUGUGGCAGCAUCGCAAAACGAAGCUCGACCAGUGCUUCCAGCUCCGGCUGUUCGAGCAGGACUGUGAGAAAAUGUUCGAUUGGAUCCUGCACAACCGGGACGUGUUUCAGGAGACGUACGUCGAGAUCGGGCACAACUACGCGAUAGCCAAAAAUCUGCAGGAGGAGCACCAGCGCUUUGCCAUAACGUCCCGCAACGUGUGUGUUAACAUUAACCGAAUACUAGCGGUUGCCGCCCGGCUGUACGAGGGCAAUCACUACGCCGCCGCACAUAUACGCACGCUGGCGGCACGGUUGGACAAGACGUGGAAAGAUUUCGUGACCACGCUGGACGAACGGACGGCUGUGUUGACGCUAUCCGUUGUGUUCCACCACAAGGCGGAACAGUACACGGAGAGCGUCAGUAGUUGGGCGGCAGCCUGUGAGGCAACGAUCCCGACACCGACCAACGUGGAAAGUCUGGAAACGGCGAUCGGUACCCACCAGUCGCUGUACGAAGCCAUGUGCCAGGCGUACACGGAGGUGCACUCGACGAGCAAGAAGCUGCUGUACCAGCUUGACCAUCUGGUGCAGGUUUGCAAUCAGCCACCGAUAGUAAACACCAGGAAAAAUGACAACUCGCAUUUUAACGGUGGCAAUCCGGCGGCGGAUUAUAGCGAAGGUGCGUCGCACGUACUCGCAGUGAUACAUCAAAUUCUCGGACAUCACCGUGCGCUCGAAAGCAAGUGGCAUGCGGGUAAACUACGGCUACAUCAGAAGCUGGCAUUGCGAUUAUUCCAGGAGGACGUAAAGCAGGUGCUGGACUGGUUGCAGAACCACGGUGAUGUGUUUUUGCGAAAGAAUAGGGGCAUCGGCAAGAGCCUGCAGAAAGCGCGCAUUUACCAGACGAGCCACGAGCACUUUGAAAAUGUCGCCCAAAACACCUACCGAAACGCGGAGAAGCUGCUGGCGGCAGCGGAAGAGCUCGCUCGUUCGGGCGAAGUGUCACCUCAGGAAAUAUUUUCCGUCGCACAGGAGCUCGAAACAAACGUGGCUUCGUUUGCGGAACGGGUGGAGAAGCGACGAAGGCGACUCGACCUCGCGGUGGUGUUCUACUCGAACGAGAAGGAAAUUUCCGCCUGGCAGGAACAGUUGCACGCGGAAGUGACGAAUGAGGAAUCGCUUGAGCUUGCGAAUGAACAUUUGGAGGGCACGGAGCGUAUGCUGGAGCAAUGCAAAGAGCAGGAAGAAAACACGCUCAAAACGUGCAUGCAAGCGAUCGCACAAGGCGAAGCACUGCUGCAGGAGCUGCGUGCGAUCGAGGAAGAAGAUAGCUCAGGUUCGCUAACGGCCGUGCAGAAUGCGCUUGAUCGUAUCCAAAAGAAUCGUUUAGAUCUCGAAGGCCUCUGGCAGACGCGUCGUAUGAAGAUCGAUUUGUACUUGCGGUUGCGUAUCUUCGAGCGAGAUGCGCUAGAAGUAUCGUCCCAGCUUGAGAUGUGGUCGGAAGAGUUACAGCAUACUGAAGUGUCGCGUGAUUUCCAGAAGACGGAACAGUUCCUUCGGUUGCACAAUGAAUCGGUCAAUCAGAUGCAAACGACGACCUAUCAGGUGAUCAACCAGGGACACGAACUGAUGCAGCUGUUCGAAUCAUCCGGCCUGCUGAUCAUGGCAGACGCCAACCACACGGCCCAGACACGGGUGCAGUGUUUGUUGGAAUUUUUGCACGAUCGCGAACUCGAUCUGGAAGAUAUGGCAGAGGCGAAACGCAUCAAGUUAGAGCAAUCGAUGCAGCUGUGCCACUUUCAGAACGAUGCCAACCAAGUGAUCUCGUGGAUCCGCAAUGGAGAAGCAAUGCUUAUGGCGAACUUUUCUAUUCCGAACAACUUCCAGGAGGCGGAACAGCUAAGGAAAGAGCAUGAUCAGUUCCAGGUUGCGAUCGAGCGUACGCACACGUCUGCUGUACAGGUGAAGUACCGUGCCGAUGCGCUUAUGAACGCUAACCACUACGAUCCGCAGAGCAUCAAAGACAUUGCGGAAGAUGUGACGAAGAAAUGGCAGAAGCUGGUGACGUGUGCCGAGGAACGUCACAAGCUGGUGACGGCUUCGCAGAACUUUUUCAAAACAGCCGAACAGGUGUGCAGCGUACUCGACAGUCUGGAGAAAGAAUAUCGCCGAGAGGAGGAUUGGUGUGGUGGUGGUGGUUCGACUGAUAAGGGCCAACAGAUUGUGCAGCUGAUCUCGAAACAUCAGGAACAGAAGGAAGCGUUCCUGAAGGCAUGUACGCUGGCGCGUCGAACUGCGGAAACGUUCCUGAAGUAUGCGAAUCGUUCGCUGCAGUUCUAUCACGUCAACUCCACGACCGUGAAUAGUGAGUCGCGAGUGAAAUCGAUUCUGGAGAAGCUGCUGGCACAGGAAACGCAAGUGCUCGAGUAUUGGACACAGCGUAAGAAGCGGCUCGACCAGUGUCAGCAGUUUGUGCUUUUCGAACGAUCGGCCAAACAGGCAAUCGAGUGGAUACACGACACGGGUGAGGCGUACCUGUCGUCGCGCAAAAAUAAACUUUGUUCGAGUCGUGAGGAAUCGGAGUUGCUGCUGCGCGAACACAACGAGUUCAAGAGCACGGCAAAAGAAACGCGUGAGCGGGUGAAGUUGCUAAUUCAGUUGGCAGACACGCUCGUGGAGAAGGGCCAUGCACACGCCAGCUCGAUCAAACAAUGGGUUGCAACGGUCGAUUAUCGUUACAAGGACUUUAGCCAGCGGAUGGAGCUCUACCGAUCGAAUCUAGAAAAAUCUCUAGGCCUACCUGGUAUCAUACAGCAACAGGAUGACAAUAACCUUAGCAGUAGCAAUAGCAGUAAUAAUAGUAGUAACAGUAGUCUUAACGCGAGCAAAUCCAUUUCCUCGGUUAACUCCAGCUCAGGCAUCUCAUCAGCCGGAUCUUAUUCGAGCGUGAUUGCAGUGGGAGCGUCGCCCGUGCCUGGGUCCGGUAUGGGCGGAGACGGUAGCAGUGGCCCGUGCUCGACAAGCUCCACUGGAACGUCUGGGUCCGGUUCAGGUGGCUCGGUAUUAGAGUAUCGACAUUCGGAUCCAUCGUUGGAAACUAAGCUGAAUGCCGCGGCAGCUGGCCCAGGAGCGGUGGGAGCGGUGCAGAAAGAAAUAAACGAAGAGAAGCGCAAAUCGGCACGUAAGAAAGAAUUCAUCAUGGCGGAACUGUUGCAAACCGAACGAACCUACGUGAAGGAUCUGGAAACGUGCAUCAACGUGUUUCUGCGCGAACUAAAGAGUGGCCAGCAGGUGCCUACCAACUUGCUCGGCAAGGAGCACAUCCUGUUCGCGAACAUUGAGGAUAUCUUUCAGUUUCAUGAAAAAAUCUUCCUGCGCGAGCUGGAAAAGUAUGAAACAAUGCCGGAGGACGUCGGGCAUUGCUUUGUGACGUGGGCCACAAAGUUCGACAUGUACGUGCACUACUGUCAGAACAAACCACAGUCGAUGGAUUACAUGGUGCAGCACGGUGGUACGUACUUUGAGGAGGUGCAGCGGAAACACAAGCUCGAACAUUCGCUACCGGCGUACCUGAUCAAGCCGGUGCAACGCAUCACCAAGUACCAGCUGUUGCUCAAGGACUUGCAGUCCUGCUGUGACGAGGGGCAGGGUGAAAUCAAAGAUGGGUUGGAGGUGAUGUUGAACGUGCCGAAGAAGGCGAACGAUGUAAUGCACCUGUCGCUGCUAGAGCAGUGCGACAUGCCGAUCCAGAAUUUGGGCGAUGUGGUGCUGCAGGACUCGUUCCUCGUGUGGGACACCAAGCAAAUAUUGAUAAAGAAGGGGCGCGAGCGACACGUGUUUCUGUUCGAACUGUACAUUCUCUUCUCGAAGGAGGUCAAAGACACCAAUGGUACUGUGAAGUACAUCUAUAAAAACAAAUUGCUAACAUCUGAUUUCGGCGUAACGGAGCACAUCGAAGGGGAUGAGUGUAAGUUUGCCAUCUGGACCGGGCGCGCUCCAAUCCUGUCCGACUAUCGCAUCGUGCUGAAGGCAAACAGUCUCGAAACGAAGCAGCUGUGGGUGAAGCGAAUGCGCGAAGUCAUGCAGGAGACGUACUUCUCUGGCACGUCGUUCUCGCUGCUAAAAUCACCAGCCAAGGUCAGCGGCAAGAACUUGGGCCAACGGCUAUCGAAGGACAUAGAUGAUACGCUGAACGAUAACGAUCAGGACGGAAGCUCCCUGGCAAGCUUCGGUUCCGGCAACACGACCGACAGUGAGAAGGGCGGACUAGCGGAGAUGACAUGGGUCAUAGCGGACCAUACGGCAACACCGGGCUCGUCCGAGCUGAGCGUCAGCAAAGGUCAGCAGGUCGAAAUUGUCGACAUGCACUGUUCGGGCGCACCCGAUUUCUGCCUGGUGCGUCUGUCGAUCAAUGCGUCCGACAGCCAGGAGGGACUGGUACCGGUGACCGUCCUCAAACCGUUGCCAUCCUCCCAUAGCAAAUUGAACAAUAAACAGCGCGACACGGACACCCUGGGUGAAGUGCCGCAGGAAAAUGAUUGUAUACUACCGAACCAGCAUACGUCGCCCGUCAACAAACGGAAAGGCUUCAGCGGGAAAAAAUGGCUACCGACGCAGUUCCGCAAACUCUCACACGGCAAAUCGGAUAAGCUGCCUCCGGUGGAGAAGUCUCUCAUCAGCAAGAAGGGCUCCGAUAAGAAGGUUAAGCCUAAUCAGCAGGAAAAACCACCGGAAGAGCAGGAAUCGUCGACGGUCGCGUCGGUGCAACUGGAGGCGGAAGAUGAGGAAGCCACAGCGAUUGAACUUCCGCCGCCGAUGAAACCGAUUCAGGAUACCGCAUCCGCCUUAAGCGGUGCUACCGCUGCGCCCUCAUCAUCCGAGGAUGCGACCGGUACCGCAAACAAGAUCACGAAGGCACUAUCGCUGAAAUCCCUGGAGGAACCGUCCAGCGCUCAGCCACCGGCGGACCUGGCCGAGAUCGAGCAGUUCGUGAAGCAGAAGGUGGAGAGUUUGAAGUAUCUGGAAAAUGACGGUACCAACAGCAGCAGCUCGGCGAUGGCGAUGGGGCUCGUCGGUGGUGAUGGAAGCAGCAGCUCGUCGACGACGAUGGCACUGAACGGUGGGCAUACGAUCGCGAAACCUGCCAUUUCGCCACAGUUCUCCGAGAAUGAAGCGGCGGAUGAGAAUCUAACCGAAGAGCAGGGUAUCGAAGAUAUACUGCGCAAGCGGAACUAUGCACUACGGGAACUUAUCACCACCGAAGAAGCGUACGUGAAUGAUCUUCACCAGAUCGUUAAUGGGUACAUCGCGGAAAUUCGAAACCCCUCCAGCACGGUACCGAUCCCGGAGGAUCUUAAGGGUGGCAAGGAGCGGAUGGUAUUUGGAAACGUUGAAGCAAUAUACGAGUGGCACAGAGAUCAUUUCCUCAAAUCAUUGCAAAAGUGUCUACAGAACCCGUACGAACUCGGUCCACUGAUUAAACGUAGCGAGCGAAAGCUGCACAUGUACGUCGUCUACUGUCAAAACAAACCUGUCUCGGAGCACAUUGUGCAGGAGCAUAUGAGUUACUUCGAUGAAUUACGCUUAAAAUUAAAGUAUAAACUAUGUUUAGGAGAUAUGCUCAUCAAACCAGUCCAAAGAAUAAUGAAGUACGAGUUACUGUUGAAAGAUAUCCUGAAGCAUACUCUGCGGGCCGGUCUCACUGAGGAGGUUCCAGGAUUGAAGGAAGCGAUGCAUAUAAUGCAAGUAGUUCCUAAGGCUGCCAACGAUAUGAUGGACGUUGGUCGGUUACAAAAGUUUGAGGGUAAAAUAACGACACAGGGCAAACUGUUGCUGCAUGGUCCGCUAUACUGUGUCGAGGGUGCCUCGAGUAGUGAUAAGAACUCGUACAACUCCCAGAAACCGAAGGAACUGCACGUGUUUCUGUUCGAGCAGAACAUCAUUUUUGCUGAAAUUGUCGGCAAGAAAACGCAAUUCACCAGUCCAAACUAUAUCUACAAGGCGCACAUACAGGUGAACAAGAUGACACUACAGGAUCUUUCCGAUCAGACAAAUGGCAACCGGUUCUCGCUUUGCUCAAUCGACCCACAACGUUCCAGUCUUAGCUAUAUCUGCACCGCACCGACACCGGAGCUACACAACGAGUGGCUCAACACGAUACACGAGAUACUGAAAACGCAGAACGAUUUCCUAAAGGCGCUCGUAAGCCCGAUCGCUUAUCAAAAGGAACUGACGAAGGAUUCUUAA